GAAAGAAAAGAAAGAGAGAAACUUUUCUUUUGGUUUUUCCAAAAAAAAAAGAAAAGAAAAGAAAAGAAAAUGAUUUUAAUAAUAUUAUCCAAAAGGUCAGAAGCCGACAAAACUAUCCUUCCAUCAGGCAUCAGUGGUAUACCCUGUAAAUUUGCCUAAACUCUCUGCUUAUGUCUAAAAAUCAACUCCUCUGUGGCGCACUUUAGAAGAAGAGAAGAGAAAAUACAAGAAAGUGAAAAACCCACAAAACUGAGAAAAGAAAAGCUCUUUCAAGUUUCAACUAAAAAUAGUGGAAGGAACCCCAAAAUCUCUCCCAACUUCUUUCCUUCUGUCUAUCUUUUGUGCGUGUUGUCUUUUUUUCCUUCUUGUUUUUGGGAGUGAAAAUAAAAAAAAUGGAGCAAAUUUUGGCUAUCUUCAAGCUUGAAGCUUGUGGCAUCAUCUAGGAGAAAAAAAAGUUUUCUUCUUUUGUUCAACUCCGUUUAUUAGUUUUUGUUAAAAGAUAAUAGUAGGGUUGAUGGGGAGAGGUUGCAGGAGGAUGAUAGCAGGAAAUUUGGAUCCAGAAAGAAAAAGAAGUGGUGGGUUGAGAACGAAGCAGGCUGGUAGAGGCUCUUGUAGAGGAAGUUAGCUUUAGUUGCUCCCCCGUUUCUUUUAAAUGUGGAAUAUUACAAAGACUGCAUUUUGAGUCGUUUUUUGUUGGUUGCUUUGCCUCAAUAUUAUAUAUCUUUUGGUCUUUGAGAAGAAGGGAAAAAAAAGGAGAAGAGCUAUGGGUGGUUUGUUGAAAGAAGGUUUGAAGUCACUUUGUGGGGUGAGUCAGUGGUCUUAUGCUGUGUUUUGGAAGAUCGGCUGCCAGAAUACUAGGUUACUGAUUUGGGAGGAAUGUUUCUAUCAACCUGCACCGUCUUCAGUCUCUCCAUCCCUUGUUGGAGUUCAGAACCCUGAGUUGUCAUUUGGAGAGCGGGAGGGGUGCUGGGGUUUAGAAACUUCCUCUCAACUUGGGAGUCAAAAAUGGGAUGACAAAGUCCAUUUGCUGAUAAACAAAAUGAAUAUAAAUAAUCGUAUUAAUAUAGUAGGUCAAGGGUUAGUUGGCCGAGCUGCAUUUACUGGUAAUCAUCAGUGGAUUCUUGCAAAUAAUUAUGUUACAGAUGCCCACCCCCCUGAGGUUCUGAAUGAGGUCCAACUCCAAGUUUCAGCUGGCAUGCAGACUGUUGCAGUCAUUCCUGUUCUUCCUCAUGGUGUUCUUCAACUUGGUUCUUCCAUGACUAUUAUGGAGAACAUGGGAUUUCUGAAUGAUGUGAAAAGUUUGAUUCUUGGUUUGGGAUGCAUCCCUGGAGCGCUUCUUUCUAACAGCUAUGGAACAAAUGAAUGCAUUGAGAAAGCUGGGAUUCCCAUUUCCUUUGGAAAGCCCAUUUCAAUGGAUUCAGCUGGAACUUGUAGACCUACAACUUCAAUGACUUCAGUUUUUGAAGGCUGCAACCAACAAAGCAGUUCAUCUCAGGCUUCAAGGAUUGUUGGUCAAUCAUCUUCCCAAGAAAACUCGCAGGGUGCCACUUCAACAUCCAGAUUACCUGGCCUGAUCCAAACUUUGGCUAGAUUUAAUGCUGAUCAAUGUGAAUCAGAUAUCUGUCCAGAGAUGAAGCCAAAUAGAAACUUUAGAAGUCUAAUGGACUGUGGAGUUGUUGGUGCUGAAGUAACUCACUCUAACUCAGCUUUGUGGCUGAACCCUCAAGUUUCUUUUUGCAACUCACAGUCUGAGUUCAAUUGUCAGCCUAUGAUUGGUCAAUCAAUUGCCAGUCAUUGUAGCAUAAAAUCAACGGGGCAACAGGUUUUAUCUGAUGGCAUCCUACAAAAUGAUGCUGUCAACAGCCCAAAAUCAAUCCCAGGCACUGUUCCAAACUUGCAAAAUCUAGAAGAUUGCACACGCUUGGCAGGGAGCAGGGUUCAGGAAGUUGGUUUGUCUACGGUGGAGGUUCCUUUAUCCAUCCUGACCAAUCAGUUAACAAGUACUUGUAUGAUUUCAGGAGUUCCUAAUCAAGGAGAGGAUUCUGAGGAUUUUAAGUAUACUCCAGCUGAUUUGGUUCCAAAGAAAGAAAGCAUGGAUAAUGAUUUGUUUGAAGCACUUAAUAUUCCAUUGCUACAUGCUGAUCAUGGCAUGCCUUUUGCUGAGCAGCUUCCAAAUGCUUUUCAAGAUUGCCUGAUGCAUGAAGGUGAAAGUUCGAGUACUAGAUCCUUGAAUGUUAAGUAUGAAGAUUCGUAUGUCCAGCCUCCAUCAGGGGAUGACUUGUUUGAUGUAUUAGGGGCAGAUUUGAAGAGUAAACUACUAAAUGGGAAAUGGAAUAAUGUGCUUGCUGAGGGACAAGAUUUGAAGAUGCAAAAUCUGGGUAUGGAUACUACGAUUCUUAGGGAUAUGCAGAAUGUGUUUUCUAGUAAUCUUUCUGCUAAUAAACAGAUUUCUGACCGGGGUAUUUACGCUGGGGUGGGAAAGGAUCAUCUUUUGGAUGCUGUGGUUUCUAGUGCCCGUUCUGCUGCGAAACAGAUAUCAGAUGACAAUGUGUCCUGCAGGACGACAUUGACAAAGUUCAGUAACUCAUCUGUUCCUAGUAGCUCUGUUAUUUCCAAUCAAGUGCAAGGGGAGUUACUUGGUGGCCUUCCUAGUUCUCUAUUGAAAGGAGGAACUCUUCCAUCAAGUUCUUAUCGAUCUAGCUGUAGCAAGGAUGAUGCUGGAGCUUGUUCUCAAACUACUAUGUAUGGAUCUCAAAUCAGUUCAUGGGUUGAACUGGCGCAUAAUUCAAGGCAUGAUAGCAGUGUCGCAACUGCAAACUCAAAAAGGAACAAUGAAAUGGUCAAACCAAAUCGCAAAAGGCUAAAACCUGGAGAGAACCCUAGACCCAGGCCAAAAGAUCGCCAGAUGAUCCAAGAUCGAGUGAAAGAGUUGAGGGAAAUUGUACCAAAUGGAGCAAAAUGUAGCAUUGAUGCUCUGCUAGAAAAAACCAUCAAGCAUAUGCUUUUCCUGCAAAGUGUAACAAAGCAUGCAGACAAGUUAAAACAAACAGGAGAGUCUAAGAUAAAGGAAAACUUUGAGGGAGGUGCGACAUGGGCGUUUGAGGUCGGCUCACAAUCUAUGUUAUGCCCUAUUGUGGUUGAGGACCUGAAUCGACCUCGUCAGAUGCUUGUAGAGAUGCUUUGUGAAGAACGGGGUUUCUUCCUUGAAAUAGCCGACUUAAUCAGGGGGUUGGGAUUGACCAUCUUGAAGGGAGUUAUGGAAACUAGGAAUGACAAGAUCUGGGCACGUUUCACUGUGGAGGCUAACAGGGAUGUUACGAGGGUGGAGGUAUUUAUGUCGCUUGUUCGUCUUUUGGAGCAAACUGCAAAGAGCAGCAGCACAUCAUCUGCCAAUGCUUUUGAUAGCAACAACAUGGUGGUUCAGCACACUUUUCCCCAAGCUGCAUCUAUACCAGCAACUGGGGUCCCAAAGCUAAUUAGUGAAGGCCGAAUGCACCAGACAAUUUGGAUGCUCAGGGUUGGCUGCCUGCUUCGAUGGGGAAUCUGGAGAUUGAAGUUUAUUGAAAGACUAGGAUAUGCCUACUGUUAGCCUAACUACCCCAUAAUUAGCCUGAGUUUUGGCCUCAGUUCCCUGGAGUCGACUGGUUUCUUAAAUAGGGCACUGGACCCUACUUUCCAGCAGAGCCUGCAAAAUCUAUGGCAACAUUUUAUGUAUAUAUAAGUAUUUUUGGUGCAAAACAGAUCCUAAUUUGAGAAUAAAGGAAGAAGCAACUGUAGACUGAUUUUUAAA